AUGGCACACGCGAUGACUUCGUGCCACGUUCCGAGAUUGAGCUACUGGAAGCUGCGAUGUUUUAUACUGAAUAUCUUGCCGAACACGAUUGGCGAUCGGACCCGAUUUACGACGGUAAUCAAAAAAGUAGCCCGUCGGUACGGGACGCGAGCGUUCUUGGCCAGCCCGAGGAACGCGCGGAACCUGAAGGACGUGAUAAGCGUAUUGCUGCAGUCAAAACGGUUCAGGCUGAUCGACAGUUGUACGAAUCUACCUGCUGCUGCACAUGUCAGCUGCAGUAAGCCUUCGGGUUCAGGUUCUCGACGAUUGGUCUCCGAAAAACUUGAAUGCAAAACGUGCUACCCAUCAAAUAACAACUAA